AUGCUGAUCGAGACACAGGUCGCUACUCGCCGGCGAGUACCACGCAGAAGGGCCAUAGGUUUACCGCACCUGGUAAAAAUAAUCCGUCCUGAUACAAUGUCCGAUGCGGGGGAGUUUACUGUGUCUAUCGACAUUCCAAAUCGGAUGCGGCAGGUGCACGAGUCCUUUUUGUGUCAGCGCGCGAUGCCUUCGCUCACCUCCAUGAACUCCAACAUCUCCGAUGAGGACUACGAGCACGACCUGGUGUUGGCAUUGCGGGAAAGCUGCGUCUGUCACAACCCCAUUGAGACGAUCGCAGUCGAACAGGACUUCACCAUUCCGACGAGCUACUUCACGGACGAGGACGUGUUCGCCUUCGGCGACGGCUUUGACUUUCCGCCUUUGUUCCUACACAACGAACUGCAUAGCGUGCUGGUCGCGCCUGCAGACCUUGCGCUUGGAUCCGCCGGCGCAGGUUUCCGGCCAUACGCCGAUUGCCCGAUAGCGAUGCUCCAGGGCGCCGCUGUCUCCUUUGCGGCAGAGUUCUAUUGA